GAAAACACAAAUACACUUUCUAUGGAGCUCUUUUCACUCCCUUCUCUGUUCCUUGUCUCAACUCUAUUCAUAUUCUACAUCUCCAAGUACGUUCUCAACAAAAGAAACCAAAGAAACUGUUUCAUGCUUCACUACGAGUGCUACAAGGGCCAAGACGAGAGAAAACUCGACACCGAGACUUGUGCCAAGAUCGUCCAACGCAACGAGAACUUGGGUCUCGAAGAGUACAGGUUUCUUCUCCGCACAAUGGUUAGUUCCGGUAUAGGAGAAGAAACGUACGGCCCAAGAAACGUCCUCGAAGGUAGAGAAGCCUCUCCUACACUCCUCGAUGCUCACUCCGAGAUGGACGAGAUCAUGUUCGACACCCUCGACAAGCUUUUCCACAAGACAAAGGGUUUAGUCUCUCCUUCAGACAUAGACAUUCUCGUCGUCAACGUCUCUCUCUUCGCUCCAUCUCCUUCUCUAACCUCGAGAGUCAUCAAUAGAUACAAGCUGCGUGAAGACAUCAAAUCCUUCAACCUCUCGGGUCUAGGGUGUAGCGCGAGCGUUAUAUCGAUAGAUAUAGUGCAACGUAUCUUCGAGACUCGAGAGAACUCGUUUGCACUCGUUGUUAGCACCGAGACAAUGGGUCCUCAUUGGUAUUGCGGUAAAGAUAGGUCGAUGAUGCUAUCAAACUGUCUCUUCCGUGCUGGAGGAAGCUCUGUUCUGUUAACCAACGCACCACGGUUCAAGAACCGGGCCUUGAUGAAGCUUGUGACUGCCGUCCGAGCCCACGUGGGGUCGGAAGACGAGGCCUACUCGUGCUGCAUACAAAUGGAAGACAAAGAUGGUCACCCAGGGUUUCUCUUAACCAAGUACCUUCAAAAAGCAGCUGCUCGAGCCCUAACCCUAAACCUAAAAGUCCUCCUCCCUAGAGUCUUGCCACUCAAGGAACUCAUCCGGUACGCGAUAGUCCGCGCUUUUAAAGGAAUAACCACCACAAAAGGAGAGUCCAGAAGCUCGGGAAUAGGUCUAGACCUGUUUUCAGGUCUAGACCAUUUUUGUAUUCACCCCGGAGGAAGAGCGAUUAUAGAAGGUGUCGGGAAAAGCUUGGGGCUCACGGAAUUCGAUAUCGAGCCAGCCAGAAUGGCGCUUCAUAGGUUUGGGAAUACAUCUUCUGGUGGUUUAUGGUACGUUCUUGGUUACAUGGAAGCUAAGAAGAGGUUGAAGAAAGGUGACAAGAUAUUAAUGAUGAGUAUGGGAGCUGGAUUUGAGUCUAAUAACUGUGUUUGGAAGGUUCUUAAGAAUCUUGAUGAUAAGAAUGUUUGGGAAGAUUCUAUCGAUCGAUAUCCUGAAACUUCGAAGAUUCCUAAUCCGUUCUUGGAGAAGUAUGAUUGGAUCAAUGAUGAUACCAUGAGCUUUGUUCGUGUUUGAGUCAUCCCGAGUAAAAAAAGAAGAAGAAAAUAAACGUUUUUCAAUAUAUAAUUAUCAAUUAGUUAUAAGAAAUGUUUCUCUUAUUAGGCGUUAUUUCGACCUUGGAAUGU